AUGACGGGGGUUCUCCAAAAGUCUCAGCUUUUCACCAUCAAUGCUGCUGAAUUCACCCUCACCAUGAGCAAACAUUACUGUUCAAUCUCCAGCACCUUCGCUCCCAAUAGCACCUACCAAGCCAACCUCAAACGUGUUCUUCAUGAUCUCGUCUCCAAUGCGAGUUCCAUCCGCGAUGAAGGAUUCUUCUUCACAUCGAGCGAGGCCGUCUACGGCAGCUUUAUGUGCAGAGGCGAUGUCUUGAAGGGAGAGUUGCGCUACUCUGAUGUGAAUUUCUCCUCAACCGUGGAGAUGAAACCACGGUUGGUUGGAUACAAUGAAGAGAACAUAGAAAACAAGGAUGAAUUCAUGAAGCUACUGAACAAGACCAUGGGUCAUGUGGUGGGAGAGGCUGCUCAGCAUCGUCCGAGAAAGUAUGGCCAUCAAGACGUCAAGUUCACUCGGGAGAAAACCUUGCACACCUUCGCACAGUGUGUGCCUUAUCUUUCCCCCAACAAUUGUCGGAACUGCCUUCACAAUGCCACAACGAGCCUCUUAAGCCUCCUAAACGGGAAAAUUGGGGGCAGAAUGUUGCUUCCGAGUUGCUUUGCCCGGUUCGAGAUUUACCAAUUUUACGAGAGCAGCUCAAAAGGAAAAGUGCCCUUUCCGUUGAAAAUAUCAGCUGCAAUCGUCGCCGCAACUGUAGGAUUGACCCCAAUUAUUUACAUGACAGCUCAGCAUUUAGUAAGAGGAAGAAGAAGAAGAGUUCUAAGAAGGGACAGCGAAAGUUCCAUAGAAGAAUAUUCGAUUGUUAGGAGGCAAAUUUCUGAGCUCCACUCCCUGCAAUUUGAUCUGCAAACAAUAGAAGCCGCCACAAAUAAGUUCUCGAACAACAGCAAGCUAGGGGAAGGUGGAUUUGGUCCAGUUUACAAGGGUACACUACCUGGUGGUCAAGAAAUUGCAGCAAAGAGGCUAUCUAAGAGCUCUGGACAAGGAGUGGAGGAAUUCAAGACCGAGGUUGAACUAGUAGCCAAACUUCAACAUAGAAACCUAGUGAGGCUUCUGGGAUUUUCCAUGGAAAGCGACGAAACAAUAGUGGUCUAUGAAUAUGUGUCCAACGGGAGCCUUGAUCACUUGUUAUUUGAUCCUGAGCUCAAUGGACAACUAAAUUGGUCAGCUCGUUAUAAGGUCAUGGUAGGGGUGGCACGUGGACUGCUAUACCUUCAUGAAGAUUCUCGACUUCGAAUCAUCCAUCGUGAUCUCAAAGCCAGCAACAUUUUACUAGAUGCUAACAUGAACGCAAAAAUCUCAGAUUUUGGGAUGGCUCGGAUAUUCAAUAUUGAUCAGACUCAAGCAAGCACUAAUAAAAUUGUUGGAACAUAUGGCUACAUGUCUCCAGAGUAUUUAAUGUUUGGACACUUCUCCAUAAAAUCUGACGCCUUCAGCUAUGGUGUGUUAAUGCUGGAGAUUAUAACUGGCAAAAAGAACAGUCAAUUCUUUGCAUUGGACUGUGAUGAGGACCUGCUUGGCUAUGUUUGGAAGCACUGGAGCAACAGAAUGCCGUUGGAAGUAGUGGACCCAGCUUUAAGAAGUGCCUAUCCUGUGAACGAAGUUAUUAAAUGCAUGCACAUCGGGUUGCUCUGUGUGCAAGACGAUGCGGAAGACCGACCUACCAUGGAUUUGGUUAUUCUCAUGUUGAACAGCAAUUCUAUUAAAAUCCCAGUGCCUCAAAGACCUUCAUUCUUCUUUCCUGGUAAGAAGUACCAACAUGAACCUUUUGUUCUAGACUCAGGUCAAUCUAACAGCAAAGUUGACCAAUCCAUUAGUGAGAUAGCAUCGCCGUGUUCUCCAACUGACAGUGAUCUUGCUGAUCCAGGUCCACAGUAG